GAGCUAAGGUCGUUCUCAUUCGGGACCUACCCAGCAGCAAAGGCAGACGGUUAAAGAGAACACAGCAAAGCAAGUGCAAAUCAACAUCCAAAAUGUCUCUGUCAAACAAACUCACCUUGGAUAAGGUGGAUGUGAAAGACAAACGUGUCAUCAUGAGGGUUGACUUCAACGUGCCCAUGAAAGAUAAGCAAAUCACAAACAACCAGAGAAUUAAGGCUGCGAUCCCCAGCAUCAAGCACUGUUUGGACCAUGGGGCCAAGUCUGUGGUACUCAUGAGCCACCUGGGACGUCCCGAUGGCACCCCCAUGCCCGACAAGUACUCCCUGGAGCCUGUGGUACCUGAGCUCAAAAGCCUUCUGGGAAAGGAUAUCCUCUUCAUGAAGGACUGCGUCGGCCCUGAGGUGGAGAAGGCCUGCGCAAACCCCGCCCAUGGAACAGUCAUCCUCCUGGAGAACCUGCGUUUCCAUGUGGCCGAGGAAGGCAAGGGCAAGGACGCCGCCGGCAACAAGACCAAGGCCACUCAGGCGGAGAUUGACGCCUUCAGGGCCUCCCUGUCCAAGCUGGGCGACAUCUACGUCAAUGAUGCCUUUGGAACUGCACACAGGGCUCACAGCUCCAUGGUUGGAGUGAACCUACCCCAGAAGGCCGCUGGCUUCCUGAUGAAGAAGGAGCUGGAUUACUUUGCCAUGGCCCUGGAGAAGCCACAGAGACCUUUCCUCGCCAUCCUCGGAGGGGCUAAGGUUAAAGAUAAGAUUCAGCUGAUCAACAACAUGCUCGAUAAGGUCAACGAGAUGAUCAUUGGCGGCGGCAUGGCGUUCACCUUCCUCAAGGUUCUCAAGAACAUGGAGAUUGGAAACUCCCUCUUCGAUGAGGAGGGUGCGAAGAUUGUCAAGGACCUGAUGGCGAAGGCCGAGAAGAACGGCGUCAAGAUCAACCUCCCCAUUGACUUUGUCACCGCCAACGAUUUCAACGAGAAAGCCACCACUGGUACCGCCACCGUGGCAGAUGGCAUCCCCGCUGGCUGGAUGGGCCUGGACUGUGGACCUGAGAGCUCCAAGAUCUUCGCCGAGGCCGUGGGCAGGGCCAAGCAGAUUGUGUGGAACGGUCCCGUCGGCGUGUUUGAGUGGGACAACUUCGCCCACGGAACAAAGAACCUGAUGGACAAAGUCGUGGAGGUGACCAAGAGCGGCUGCAUCACCAUUAUCGGUGGGGGUGACACAGCCACCUGCUGUGCCAAGUGGAACACAGAAGACAAGGUCAGCCAUGUGAGCACAGGAGGCGGAGCCAGCCUGGAGCUUCUGGAAGGCAAAGUCCUGCCUGGUGUGGACGCCCUCAGCAACGUCUAAGACCGAGUAAUGGGGGGGAAGUGAGGAGAGACAGUCACCCGAGCUUCAGCACACGGUCCCAGAGAAGCUUCCUCUCUCGCUCACUCGCUCAGCGCUUGUCCAGCAUCAUCACCACGGCGGCGCAAAUGACGAAUUCCUCGUUAUCUACUGUACAGACGGCUAAAGCACUGCUUCGUCUCCUGCGGGAAGGGGGGGUUGGGUGAAACGACACCACCCCCUUCUGCGCUGCCUCCCCCCAACUGGAGCACUUAAUUCACCUGGAGGUCCCUCUGCUUGCUGCUCAUGUUCCACAUCCUGGGAUGGGAGCGUCUCCAAACCCCCUCCCCCCCCCCCCAACCUUAAGCACUUUGUCUCUGCUGUGUUUCUCAAAGCAGAGGAGCCCCCUCACCUGCAGCUGCUGCCGUUAUUUUCCAUUUCACCCGCCGUGGGAGGAAUUGGUCAUUUGUGGCCGGCUUUAUGUGUUAGCGCAGCGUGUUCGUGUGUUUACUUCACUCUUUGCGUAGCGUGUCUGGGAAGUAAGGCAAACUAUAACGUUGGAAACUUGUGUGUCGUAUCUCUCGAGUUUAUAUUUUAUAUUCGUCGCACCUUUCCCAAGUGUUGGACUUGUACCGCAGUGACCCUUUUUGUUCCCCAGUUCUUCCCCUCAUCAUGUUCCUGUAGUGGCUUGUAAGAUAGUCCAUCCCCCAGCGGGGUUUGCAAGAGUGGCUGGGCAAGGUCA